AGACUUGAGUAACCAUACACGUUUCCUAACGCACGCGAUUACGGAUAUACAUGUGGUACCAGUAUGGCUUUGCAGCCCUAGUUCUUUCUUAUUUGUUCUCACUGAACCGAUCAAAUGCCUUCCAGCAACAAGCUCAUUCGAUGGAACCCGGACCCAGUCAAACUGCACCAAACCCAAGUUACCCAACCCUACCAAUACAAAAUCAAUCCAAAAAUUUGGAUCCUAGCCAUGUUCAUAAAUUCAAUAAGAUACUAUGGAGGGGCGACAAAAAAAAGCUUCAAAAAAAUGGAACAGCCAAUGGAGAAAGAGUCCGUCCCGUAUCUACAGAAUCCACAACCAAAGCUACAAAACUAAGUAAGCGAAAGUGAACUUCACCUGCCAAGCAAUUAUUGAACAGCCUUAUCCCAUAUCUUAAUCUUCACCAGCCGGUGACCACACCUACCACACCUAAAAUGUGAAGGGAAAAAGGAGGCAAAGAAUCAAGGUGCUUCUUCAAUAAACCAUUUCACGCGCACAAGAAAGAUGUCUGCUGCGACUCCGCCAACGGCGGCGACGAUAUCAGAGGCGACAGCAGCCCUCGACCGCCCGCUCAACGCGAUUGGCUUUGAGUACGAGCUCAUAUCGCCGCAAAGAGUCACAGGAAGGCUCAAAGUCACAGAGAUAUGUUGCCAGCCUUUUGGCGUGUUGAAUGGAGGAGUUUCGGCGAUGAUGGCAGAAUCGGUGGCGAGCUUGGGAGCGUACGUGGCGUCCGGGUUCAGGAGGGUGGCUGGGGCUCAGCUGUCGACGAACCACAUCAAGGCGGCUCUCCUGGGGGACCUUGUGCAGGUGGAAGCCCUGCCGAUUCAAGUAGGAAAAACUAUUCAGGUAUGGGAGGUGCAGCUGUGGAAGAUGAAUCCUUCAGCGAAAAAAAUACUGCUCUCAACAUCAAAGAUUACUUUAGUAUCAAAUCUUCCAGCAUCAGAUGACAUGAAAGGCUAUGAAGAAAUUGUCAGAAAAUAUGCGAAGCUUUGACGCUUGCAGCUUACCAUGCUCUCUUCUCUCGUUUAUGGGCACAGUCCUAACUUAUUAUCGUACAGAAAGGAUUGGUUUUUUUUUUUUUUUUUUGAGUGAGAACAUUUAAACAGCAUACACUCAUGUAUAAAGUUUCAAUCUUAAUACAUAUUGGCCCCUUGAAGUGCAA